UACAUAAAAGUUUACCCUUUUUUCCCCUCAAGGAGAUGAAGGAGAAAAUAAAUCAGGGACUGUGCCAAUGGAAGAGGAGGAAGAUGAUGACGACGAUCCGGAGAAUAGAAUUGCCAAGAAAAUGCUUUUAGAAGAAAUCAAGGCCAAUCUUUCCUCUGAGGAAGAUGUUUCUUCUGAUGAAGAAUCGGACGAUGGGAAAAAGAAGACAGCAAAGCCAAGCGAAAACCAGGGGGACAAUGAAGAGAACGAGCAGGAAGACGACUCUAGCUCUGGCUCAGAUGUCGAAGAGGCUAAGAAGUCUAAGUACAGACACAGAUUACUGAGACAUAAGUUGACAAUGAGUGAUGGAGAAUCUGAGGAAGAGAAAAAGGGAAAAUCUAAAGAGUCAAAAGAAGUGAAACGCAGAAAUAGAAGACAAGUGAGCAGUGAGGAUUCGGUAAUCGCAGCUAAAACAACUGUGGAGUCAGCAGAAGUCAGUGAAUCGGAAGAUGACCAGCGUCCUAGAACAAGAUCUGCCAAAAAAGCAGAGUUAGAAGAAAAUCAGAGGAGUUAUAAACAGAAGAAGAAGAGACGGCGCAUCAAGGUCCAGGAUGACUCCUCUAGCGACAAUAACAAGCAGAGCAAUUCUGAGGAUGACGAUAAUGAAGAUGACGAUUCAAAAUCUCCUGGGAAAGGCAGGAAAAAAAUACGGAAGAUUUUAAAAGACGAUAAGCUCAGAACUGAAACACAAAAUGCAUUAAAAGAAGAGGAGGAGAGAAGACGACGGAUUGCAGAAAGAGAGCGCGAGAGAGAAAAACUAAGAGAAGUGAUAGAACUAGAAGACACACCACUGAAAUGUCCAAUUACCACAAAGCUGGUUCUAGAUGAGGAUGAAGAAACCCAAGAACCUGUGGUACAGGUUCACAAAAAAAUUGUCACAAAACUGAAGCCACAUCAAGUAGAUGGUGUUCAGUUUAUGUGGGAUUGCUGUUGUGAAUCUGUGAAGAAAACAAAGAAGUCGACAGGGUCUGGAUGCAUUCUUGCCCACUGUAUGGGUUUGGGAAAGACCUUGCAGGUAGUCAGUUUUCUUCAUACUGUUCUGUUGUGUGACAGACUGGAUUUUAGUACAGCUCUUGUCGUUUGUCCGCUGAACACGGCCCUGAACUGGAUGAAUGAAUUUGAGAAAUGGCAAGAAGGCUUAGAAGAUGAUGAGAAGCUAGAGGUCAACGAGCUAGCAACGGUGAAACGGCCUCAAGAAAGAAGUUACAUGUUGCAAAGGUGGCAGGAGGAAGGGGGUGUCAUGAUCAUAGGCUAUGAAAUGUACCGUAACCUUGCUCAGGGAAGGAAUGUGAAAAGCAGAAAACUGAAAGAAAUAUUUAUCAAAGCCCUCGUUGAUCCAGGUCCAGAUUUUGUUAUAUGUGACGAAGGGCACAUAUUAAAAAAUGAAGCAUCUGCUGUUUCGAAAGCUAUGAAUUCCAUAAAGUCCAGGAGGAGGAUCAUUCUUACGGGAACGCCUUUGCAAAACAACCUCAUAGAAUAUCACUGCAUGGUUAAUUUUAUCAAAGAGAAUUUGCUUGGGUCCAUUAAGGAAUUCCGAAAUCGAUUUAUAAACCCAAUCCAAAAUGGUCAGUGUGCAGACUCCACCAUGGUCGAUGUCAGGGUGAUGAAAAAGCGUGCCCACAUCUUGUACGAAAUGUUAGCUGGAUGCGUCCAGGGCUCCCACGUGUUCCAUGUGUUGGGAGGGGACCAAGGAGCUCUUUUCUCUGUUGUCCAAGAAGCCGUGGGGAUGUAG